AUGCAGACUAUCAAUCAUGCUUUACAACCAGAGAUGCUAGAGAAUUGGAAAGGUAAAGAGAAGAAAAAUGCCUCAGUUGCCAUGACUAUGCAUCAACUGCAAUGCCAUCAUGAUCACCAGCUCUUGAAAAACUAUGCUAUCUCUAAUGCCCGCAACAUGCAUCUCCAGCCUCCUCGCCAACAAAGCAUUCACCAUCAAUAUCAUAGAGCACAAGUUGCUUCUCACCAAUCCAAGAAAAGGAAGCCCCGCGACUUCAUACCUCUGAGUGAACCAAUCUCUAGCAUAUUUGCUCGAUUGAAUGCCUCAGGAAUUAUGCAACCAAAAAAAGGAAGGGUUUUUGGCCCUUCGCAUCCAUUAUUCGACCCGUCAAAGUAUGGUAUCCUUAGAAUUGCAGACUUUGCUUGUUGUGUCCGCACUGUCAAUGGCAAAAGACGGUCUGUUUGUGUCAUGGCAGACUAUUUGCCACCUGAGAUGAUGGAAGGUGAUGGUAAGGAGUAUGAUAAAAGUGUCAACAUUUGGUCCCUGGAUGUCCUCUUCUAUGAACUUGUAUAUGGGGUGCCUCCAUUUGGAGUAGCCAGAACCUCUGAUAUAGACGAACUCGCAGUAUUACGUGAGAGGAUUCUGAAAGUGGAACUAGAGUUUCCUCCCACACCAAAAGUCUCACAAGUUGUGAAGGAGCUUAUUUAUAAGAUGCUAAGGAGAGAGCCUCUCGAAUGUCUUCCUCUGGAGGACUUGGUUCUAGUGUUGGAGAGAUUCUACAGCUAG